GGAAUCACUACUUUUCAACACAAAAAAGAAAAAAGGUUGAAAAGAGGAAAGCUGAUAUUUCUCUCAGCAUUGCUUAUGUAUAUGCUUACUUCUCCACAGCCGGCCACGGCGGCGGCAGCUUGCAUGCAACGAGAGCUUGGCCUCUCUCUCUCUCUCUCUCUCUCUCUCUCUCUCUCUCUCUGUUGUAAUCCACCACAUCAUACAUCUAAAACUGUGAAAAUUAAACCUCCCCAUCCAUGAUCCACCACCCCACCCUUGUCUCUCAAUCUAUCUAUAUAUGUAUAUUAAUCUGUCAUGCAAUCUAACCAAAGAAUGCAAAGCAUAAUAAUCUAUCUCUUGCUCUUAUUAAGUACCUUCACGACGUUGUCGGUAGUGUUAACACGAUAUGAUCAUCAUCAUUCUUCUUCUUCUUCUUCUUCCAAUUGCAUUAAUAUUAUUAUCAUUCGUGCUCGUCGGAUCCUCUUCCAUGAACCCCCCCGCUUCUUUCCCCCUCCACCCUCCCAACCGCCCCUUUCAUCUACUAAUUCACCCUCACCCUCACCCUCACUCUUAAGCCCAAGCAGCAGCAGCAGCAACCCCGACCACUACUACCCAUACCAUAACGAUGAUGUCAACAACAAUGAAGCCAACCCCUUUCUUCCAAUAUCAUCCUACGCUUAUCCUCCACCACCUCCACUGCCUCCCUUUCCUCCUCCGUCCAGCUCUAUGCCCACUUUUCCGGCUAACAUCUCUGCUCUCAUCCUUCCCCGCACCUCUUCCUCCUCCAAGCCCAUUUCCCCCAAACUCCUUGCCGUUGCCAUUUCCCUCUCUGUUGCCCUCCUCGUUGCCCUCUCCACCGCCUUCCUUCUCUACCGCCGAACCCAUCGCACUUCCAGGACUCUCCCCAAAACCUCAGGAGCAGUAACCCAGAGCCUCCGCUUGUUCCCUCCGCCCAAUACUCUCACAAGCCAACAGCAACAAGGAAACAUCUCCAACGACAACAGCAUCAGCAGCUCUCAGUUUGUUUACCUCGGGACGACUUCGAACGAGGACGACAAUCACAGAGCUGCCCUCUCCUGCAGCAUUAAUAGUGCCGGGACUUCGGCCAUGUCAACCUAUCAAAAGCUUGAUUCGCCGGAGCUCCACCCGCUUCCGCCACUUCCACAACACAAUUUCCUCCAGAACUAUGGCAACUCUCAUGAUGUGAGUUCUUGUAGUGAGGACAAAGACGAGGAAGAAGAGGAGUUCUACUCCCCAAAAGGAUCUUCUGGUGCUAAGGGGACUCCUACUACUAGUCCUGCUUCGAGCUCUCAGGGAGUGCACAUGGGUGCCGAUGCUGAGACUUUCAGAAGCCGGAGCUCCCAUUGGAGGGCUGCUUUGUACCCACCUUCUGGUUUUGCGUCCCCAACUCAUUCCAUGCCUUGUAGUCCGUUUAUUCCACCGAAUUUGAGCCCCAUAAGCUUCCUAUCAACAUCGCCUGAGUCGAUAAUUGGGUUUCCAUCUUUUUUCCGUCCACCACCAGCUAUUACUCGAUCGCCUCUGUUGAGUAAGCUUUUGUCCCCUUCUCCACCGUCUACACCGAAAAAGAAAGAUUCGGAUGAGGACCAGAAUUCCCCUGUGAUAGAUCCUGAUGUUGCAGCUGGAAGAAAGAGAGGUCCGCCUCUUUCAGUGAAGCUGCCCACGCCUUCACCACCACCCUUGUUUUCCGAAAUUCCGAUUGCGGAGGCUGAGUUGAUUAAAGACCUAGUAACAGGGCCGCCGGUUCUUGUAGCACCGUCCAGACCAGUUGUGCAAAGUGCGGAACCGGUUUCACCUGGUGGACAAACACACAACUUGGAGAUUCCCCAGAGAAACGAGGAAACUCUUAGGCUAAAACCGUUACAUUGGGGCAAGGUUAGGGCGAGCUCAGACCGACUGAAAGUGUUGGACCCGCUGAAAUCUGGCUCGUUUGAGUUAAACGAGGAGAUGAUAGAGACAUCAUUUGUCGUAAAUGCUUCGUGUUCUGCUCCAAAGGAUAGCUCUUGCCGAUUUGUUCCACCCAUGCCAAAUCGAAAGAAUCUGGUGCUUGAUCCAAAGAAAUCUCAGGACAUUGCAAUUUUGUUGAGAGCACUUAAUAUCACAACAGAUGAAGUUUGUGAAGCCCUUAGAGAAGGUAGCACUGAGAUUCUAGGGACAGAGCUUCUUGACAGUUUAUUAAAGAUGGCUCCAACCAAAGAGGAAGAAUGCAAACUGAAAGAGUUUGAAGAUGAAUCUCCAUUAUCUAAGUUGGGCCCUUCUGAGAAAUUUCUCAGGGCUGUACUUGAUAUACCAUUUGCAUUUAAGAGGGUAGAUGCAAUGCUUUACAUGGCCAAUUUUGACUCAGAGGCUGAGUAUCUUAAGAGGUCUUUUGAGACGCUGGAGGCUGCAUGUGCAGAAUUGAAGAACAGCAGAAUGUUUCAAAAGCUCGUAGAAGCUGCAGUCGUAGCUGUGAACAGUACGAAUGUUGGAACAAACCAUGGCGAUGCCCAUGAUGGCUUCAAGCUUGACGCCCUCUUGAAACUUGUCGAGAUCAAGGGAUCUGAUGGGAAAACGACUCUCCUGAAUUUUGUUAUACAGGGAAUUAGCAAAGCUGAAGGUUCUCUUCUUGCUCGGGGUGGCCCAUUAACAGGUGAACAAAAUGAAAGUGAGCAGUCUCGUUUGCAGGACGACAUUGAAUUCAGGAAGCGUGGUCUGCAAGUAGUUUCGGGCUUGAGCGGGGAGCUGACCAACGUGAAGAAAGCUGCAACCAUGGACUCAGGCGUGCUUAGUUGUGAAGUGGAAAAACUAGCCGGCGGAAUUGCUAAGAUCAGGCAAGUGUUGAGAUUAAGCGAGGAGAUCGGCAGCGAGAAGUUCUGUAAGUCGAUGAAUCAGUUCCUUAAGAAGGCAGGGGCGGAGAUUGAGAAGAUAGAAUCCCAGGAGAGAGUUGUUCUGUCUUUGGUGAAGGAAAUAACGGAGUACUUCCAUGGAGUGGGAGACUCGUCAGUGUGGAUAUUUGUGGCAGUAAAGGGCUUCCUGAGCAAGCUUGAUCAAGCAUGCAAGCAAGUUGGAAAGGUUUAUGAGCGGAGUAUAAUCAGUUCAUCCCUUGGAAGUUCAACAAUGUUCCCUGGCUGGCACUUGAGAGCUUAAUUAUGUAUGAUUCAUCAUGUUAAUAUAUAUAUGUUUAUUAUAUCAGAGGAUUGCUUUUUCAUUUUUCAUGUUUCUGUAAUUGCAGUUAACAGAAUUUGGGUAGAAGACCUGACCUGACCUUUUAAUUAAUUAGCUUUUAAGUA